ACAACCUCAACGUUCCCUUGCAUUCUCUGGGUAUUGUACAGCGAAGAAAGCUCAAGAGAAAGAGGCCGCCACAUUGAGCAAUUCCGCACUCAAGGAUGAACGGCGAACUGAGCGACAGCGCAACCAGUCCGCAGAGUGCGGGCCAUAAGCGGAAGGGCUCCGCGAACGAGAAUCCACAUCAACAGGUUAAAAAGCGAAGCAGAUAUAUCUCCAUCGCAUGCAAUGAAUGUAAGAGAAGGAAAAUCAAGUGCAAUGGCCAAACUCCUUGUCAUCGAUGCGGCAACCUCAGCCUCGAGUGCGUGUACGCGCCUAACUGCUGCAAUGGCUUCAAGGACUCCGAGGAGUUCAAGCAAAUGUCAGCUCAUCUACAGUCACUGCAGCAGCAGGUUGACACGCUGUAUUCGAACUUGAGUUCUCUUCGGAAUCAGAUCGACAUGCAGGGCAUGCCUCCCAUGGCAAGUAGCCCUUACAGCCAACAUACGCCAUAUCAGCGUCCCAUGUCCAUAGGAUCAGGUGGUAGCUUUGCACAACCCGGCCGACAACUACCAAAGCACCCUGAAUUCAGGGGACCAACGAGCGCGGUUUUUAAUUUGGGCGUAGCAAAGAGCAGCCUUCAGCAUAUGGGCAUUACUGGUGGUGAGGAUGGACCGGAAGAAGGCUUGACGACGCAAGAUGUCACGCCGUCAGCAACACCACCUCCUAUGAUACAACCGGAUCUUCCAAAGAGUCUGCAUGCGGAUAAAGAUGCCAUAUGGUCGUUGAACAAAGACGAGGCCGUGAGGUUGAUUCACGUUUGGCAAGAUGAAAUGGGUACCAUGUAUCCAAUUGUUGAUAUUGACCGUCUGAUCCGCCACACACAUCUCUUGUUUACUUUCAUGGAAGCCGCCAGACGAAGCGGACUCAUGGAAGCCAGCCUCCCCGGUGCAGAUGCUAUUCAUGACGACCAAACAAAUUGUUUAAAACUCAUUGUCGCCAUCGCACUCACACUGGAAGGAAGUGGAAAAAGUGAUUUAGGUAGAAGAUUAUGGGACUGUGUGAAGGCGUCAAUUGAGACGAUUAGCUUUAAUCCUCCGGAUGUCAAAGGUUUACAGAUGCUCGUGCUUGCGGCGAUGUAUCACUUCCACUGUGAUGACGAAAGUUUAGCAUGGAGGUUAACAGGCAAUGCCGCACGUAUGGCCAUGGAACUUGGUCUGCAUAGGCAUGAGACUUAUACGACAAUUUUCAGUACAGACGCAGAACGUAAUGCAGCUACGAUUCUCUUCUGGUCCAUCUAUGUUCUAGAUCGUCGCUGGAGCUUUGGUACUGGCAUGCCUUUCGCUCUUCAGGAUGCUGACAUAGACCCUCUUCUCCAGAAGCCAGACGCACCUACGCCCUACCUCAUGGCUAUGGUUGCCUAUAGCCAGCUAGGCUCCAAAGUCUGGCAACGUGUGGCCAACAAUGACGCUAACAGAGCACCGCUGAGCAGCGAGGAAAUGGGCUAUCUCGAUUAUCAAAUUAUGCAGUGGCAUCGCACGCUACCAGAAUCACUUACAUACAUAGCACCUGGUACUGCGCUCAAUGAGAGCCAUCUUAGUCGUAGCGAUCAACGUCUGCGCAUUAACAUGUACUGCCGCAUGAACCAAAUGCGCAUCCUCAUUUACAGGCCAGUUCUACAUUCUGCAACCUCAAUUAGCGAAAACAUGCGCGAAGCACAACAAGCUGUUGAGGUGGCGAAGGACACCAUUCGAGUCGUGAAACGCAUGGAUGAAACAACAGAUCUGUAUCGCAGCCAGCAAGUCAUGUUUAACUACUUUCUCGUUCAGGCGCUUGCCGUGCUCUUCUUAGCUGUAGCACAUGCACCAGCACAGUUCAGCAGUCGGUGCAGGGAUGAGUUCUACAUGGCUCUUGACCUUGUGAGGGGCAUGACAGCACACUCUUACGUCUCGAAGCGCUUGUGGAAAACAAUCCGUGGUCUCAAGGAAAUAGGUCCCAAGCUCGGUUUGAAUAUGCGCAACCCAGCUGUUGACUCGGCAGAUCCUCACUCUUCUGCUGCAGUGGCUAUGGUUGGUCUUGCUGGCAAUCCAAUGGACGAAAUUUCAUUAUUUGCGGGUCAGAAUGGUCUGAACGAUAGUCCUAAUGGGAUGGCUAACGACUUGACCAACCUUUUUGAAGCUGCUGGUAAUUAUGGUAGUGGACUAAUAGGAAAUGGAUACAGCGAAGUAAGCGGAAAUGGUGGGGAGGGUUUGGCAAGUGCAUUUGGGCAUCAGGAUGAAUUGUCUAAAAUAUUGAGGGACUUGUUCUGACGGUUCAGUUCCGCCACAAAGUAGGUGGCGGAACAAAUUAUCCUGAAAUUUUCUAUGCAAGCACAUGCAUAUAUGAGUGUACAGUUUUGAAGCAGUGCGGUUGGCCCACAAGACAUUUCAUCCAUGGCGUUCAACCGCUGAUGGCUUUCAGGUGCUGCAUGAUGCGAUUGAUGCAACUUCAAGAUGACAAUCAAGUCCGACGACGGAACUAAUCUGAAAAAUUGAAUUAUGCCUGCGUAGUGAUUUACCAUAGCGGGUACACAGCAACGUCUAAUUUAAAGUCCUAGUCUUCCUUACCACCCUCUCUGAAUGAUAUUCCUGUCGCACAGGUCUAUCUUCGGAUGUUUUAGAAAAUUUGAUAUCGCCGUUGAGAUAUCGCUAAGUGGUACCUCGCAUUAAAUCCUCUUCUAUCCCCAUGGCGCUAGGAAGUCCUGGUUCAUCCAGCCCCGAAAAUGGAGAAAGUCCGAGGUAGUCUAAUACUUGAAUUGAGAAUAGAGAAUGAUAUUGAAGUUGUG